CGGCUUUUCUCCGAAUGCUCCAAACGCCGUUCCAUUUUCCUUCCUACAAUCCGGCUCUUCCUUCCUCGUGAAGAGCCUGGAACUGCUGGCCGAAGGACACCGCGUCGAGCCGGGCCGGGAACUGCACUGAGGCAUCAUGACGACCCUGGACGACAAGUUACUGGGGGAGAAGUUGCAGUACUAUUACAGCAGCAGCGAGGGGGAGGACAGUGACCGCGAGGACAAGGACGAAGGCAGCGGUGCUCUGGCUGGUGGACCCAUGAUCGCAGACGCCGAGGGGACGGGUGAAGGCAUCUCAGUGAACACAGGUCCAAAGGGUGUGAUCAAUGACUGGCGCCGCUUUAAGCAGUUGGAAACCGAGCAAAGGGAGGAGCAGUGCCGGGAGAUGGAGCGGCUGAUCAAGAAGCUCUCGAUGAGCUGCAGGUCCCAUCUGGACGAGGAGGAGGAGCAGCAGAAGCAGAAGGACCUCCAGGAGAAGAUCAGUGGGAAGAUGACCCUGAAGGAGUUUGCCAGGUUGAGCGAAGACCAAGAUGAUGAAGAGUUUCUGCAGCAGUACCGGAAGCAGAGGAUGGAGGAGAUGCGGCAGCAGCUUCACAGGGGGCCCCAGUUCAAGCAGGUCUUCGAGAUCCCCAGCGGCGAAGCAUUUCUGGAUAUGAUUGAUAAAGAGCAGAAAAGCACACUCAUCAUGGUCCACAUUUAUGAGGACGGCAUCCCAGGGACCGAAGCCAUGAACGGUUGCAUGAUCUGCCUGGCUGCUGAGUACCCGGCUGUCAAAUUCUGCCGAGUGAAGAGCUCGGUGAUCGGGGCCAGCAGUCGGUUCACCAGGAAUGCCCUCCCCACCCUGCUCAUCUACAAGGGAGGAGAACUCAUCGGUAAUUUUGUUCGAGUCACCGACCAACUCGGGGACGAUUUCUUCGCUGUGGACCUUGAAGCCUUCCUACAGGAAUUUGGAUUGCUUCCAGAAAAGGAAGUCCUGGUGCUGACAUCUGUGCGUAACUCGGCCACUUGUCACAGUGAGGAUAGUGAUUUGGAAAUAGACUGAACUGACAGUCUGGUUGCAAAUUCCUCAUUGUACCGGAAACUACGUAUCUCUGCAUAUGGUUAAUUUCUGUCUUUCCCAUGUCCACCAGCAUCUCGGCUGGUCUUUGUAGUCCCUUAUUAUAUGUAAAGUCAAGAAAUUCUUAGAUUCAGUCAGAGGCUGACUCACACAGUGGCUGGCAAUAAAGUGACUUAAAAUUGUACAAACAGGAAGCCAGAAUGUGGAGCUGUUUACUUCAAGAUUAUCUAGCCUGACAUUGAUGUUAUUUUUUUCCAGUCAAUAUUUACAGAGCAUCCUCAAAGCAGUGUACUGGAAAUUGUCUUCAGAUGUUCCCUGAGGUCUCAGCCGGGUCUCGGAGUAGAUUUCUGUAAUUUGUGCAUUGUUUGCAAUGGAACUGGUGCAUUUCCUUCAACAAAUACUUGUAAGUGAUAGGUCCGUGUCAUCUGAUCCAUAUCCCUCGAAGGCAGUUUCAGUUUCCUCCCAGAUCGUGUUCUCCACUCCGGUCUUUUUAAGGUUUUCAGAUGUGGGUGGUUGUCCCAUCACACGGCCCCCUUUCUGCUUGUGCGGUGGUGUCGGGGUCAGAUGCCAUUAGGUCUAGCACAGCAUGAAAGACCAGGGCUCACCGCCCUCGGCUCCUGCCUUACCAGCUUGUCUCCAGCUGGAGAACUGGUGUUUCUGCAGGGGAAUCUAUCAGUAUGAUGCUCUUCAUCUCAUUCCCAUGCCGAGAUAACUUUUUGGUUUCAUAUCAUUCUAUAGGAUGACGAAGGGGGAGGCUCCCAAGUGGUGUUCAGGAAGUCUGGGGACCUCCCUGGAGGUUUAUGGACAACUGGGCCUGUUUAUUGAGAGCAGGGGCCCGCUGAUGCAGUGCUGCAUGGGCCCUUCCCAGCUGUAUCCAGUGAUGCUUGGGCACCAUGUGGUGCUGAGAAUUGAACCGAGGUCAGGAGCCAUGUGCCCUAACCAUUGUACUAUAUCCCGGCCCCUUAAUGUCACUUUUUAAAACUUUGUUUGCAUAUUAGAAAAUUAAUAUCCAAUAGAAGGAAAUUUACUAAAAUAUAGAGACAAAGAUAAUAAAAUUAGAAUGACUCUCUUUCAGUCACCUAUGGCAAAGCAUCAUUCAUAUUUUAUUACAUUUUAUCUCAAGGUUUUUGUUAUUGUUUUUUACAUAGACUUUUUCGGAUUUAUUUGUAAACAAAGCCUUGGAUCAGGAUCAUCCUGGACAUAGUAUUUUAUAGUAUGGUCAGCUAACAUAGCAGACUUUUAUUUACUAAUAUGCUUCUACAUUAUUUUUUAAAUGCUAUUAAAGCUCUGUUAUAGUGGUAUUGUUACUUUCUUGGUUGUUUUCUUCCUUCCUCCCUCUUUUU